AGGGAAUGGUCUAUCCGAUACACUUUCGUCCACUGAUAACCAUUCCGACUGUUACUUGCAAGACCCAAAGCACUCACUCAAACACAAAUGGCUUCCUUCGCUGCAGCCAGACAACUCUUCCUCCUGACACGUGCAUCGCACGUGCAAUCCCGUGUAUCCCUGCAGUCUCUCCUCCCCCUAUCCAUCCCCGGCGGCUCCUUACGCCUCACUCAAUUUUCUAGCCACCGCGAAGCUGCCAUAACCACCAGAGCUUCGCCCGGAAAUGAUGCCAUUUUACCCAAGAAAGAAGACGACGACGACGGUGUGUCUUUAGGGACCAUGAAGCUCCCCCUGGAUAUCGACCUUGAAAGAUUUGACAUUUUGCUUUUUCAGUGGGCUAACAGUCUGUGCCAGGGAGCUAACCUGCCACUUCCGGUGCCUCUAAAGGUGGACAAAAUCCGUGGGGGGGCUAGACUAGGGUUCAUUACAGUUGAAGAUAAUGGAGAAACACAGGUGCUUGUGUACAUAGAUUGUGUAGUCUCCCCCGCCACCGAUACUUCUCCGACCCCAAUGUUCAGAGCCAUUAGAAAUGGAGCAAAGAAAGAUAAGGCGCCGCCAGGAGAGCCACGGAUCAUGAGAAGCCUUCUAGCUGCCUUACAAAAGUCUGUUGAGAUUGCUAGAGUUUGAACCCAUUUUUUAAAUUUCAUUUUGCUUUUCUUCUUUCCCCCUCCGCUCGAUGUUAUUAUAACAUACAGUAUAUAAUUUCAGUACCCUUUUCACGCACAAA